AUGACUGUUAAAGAUGAAGAGGAGGAUACUAGGUCGUUUAAUGUUUUUUAUGAACAAGAGAUGAUGGAACAAGAGGAAGAUGAGAAGCAUCUUUUCAGGGAUUUGAACGCUUUCAUCGGUAUGAUCAGUGCCGAAGAGGUGGAGGUGGAGCGUACACAUAGUAGGAAGAACUCAAGUUCAUCUAUCACUGAUCUCAAAAGAAAGAGGAGUCUCAGUCUGAAAGAUUUACGAAAGAAAGUUGAGCCUAACGCUUUCCAAUUUUUGAAGAGGAAAAACAGUUCACUCUCAUCAUUGCUAAGGUUGCAUCUUCUCAACUAUUUAAGGUCAGUACAAACAAUGCAGCAUAAACACAAUUUCCCGCUAGUUAAAGAAAUCAAGAAAAGAGAGAUCCUACUACAAUGGUGGAUAACCUUGUUGAAUUUCCUAUCAAGUAAACUUAAGUUUGAUUUCCUACUCAAAACCGAAUGGCCUGAAGAAGUCCCAGACACGGAGCUCAUAUCGAUAGUUCUUGAGGCCAUAAGUAGGAUAAUUACCUUACUGAUAGUUCUUCCCAAUCACAACAAGGUGGAUCAUGAAGUUUACGCUCAACAUCUAAACCUAACAAUCAAAUUUGUGUCUGAUAUACUCAUAGUCAACUCAAGAAUUCAGAAAAAAUACACAGCAAGGCAUUCAUCAUCCGCAUCAUCUUUUGCAUCCUCAAAUAUCGAGGCAGAAACUACAUUUAGUAGUACAGCAGGCUCAGUUAAAACUCAAUCAAAUGGAAAUAUAUGUGAAAAUGCAGCAGUUCUCCAGAAUAGUGUUUUGAGCAUGAUUGACAACUACAAUUCUUUCUUAACUACUUUCAUAGGUAAAGUUAAUGCUUAUGCUUUUGUCUAUUUACCAGAUGAAUGUCAUUUUGAAUAUCUAAUUUUAUCUACGUGGUAUCCACGCUUAAGGGCAAUUAGGAGGCAAAACAGCUUAUUCCCAUGGAAAGAAACACGUUAUCAAGUAUCAAGAUCUCCAAUGGAUUCAAACACAAAGAAGUAUUUUAGCUGUAGGAAAAAUAAUGAACAUCAAAAAAUUUGUGCAUCCUAUAUGAAAAAUAAAUCAAUAUUUUUGACAUUUUAUUGGCAUUAUUGGUAUAUCGUUUUACGCUAUUCAGAAAACAUUUCUACAAACUGUUUCACAAAGGGUAACACUCAUCAGCUGCCCGGUGCUGAGUUAUUGCUUAAUUUUAUCGUUGAAAUAUCCUUUAAAGUUGAUCUUAGGAUUUUUGAUAAAUUUGUUGGUGGAAGCCCUAUGAGAACUUCAAGAAAAGGCAAAGGUAAUAGUACGUCAUCUGGUCUCUAUGGCGAUGAUAUUGAUGGAGCAGCUAUUGCACUAGCUCCGUCUAGUAAGAGAUACCUUAGGAAUGAAACAGUAAACGAUUUCAUUUUUACUAACUUUGGGACUAUAAAACUAUGGGAAACUAUCAGAUCUGUUGCUGGUUGCAUGAAAAGUUCUAAAAACGUUGAAAGUAUGCUUGGACUUCAUGACUUAGCAAUUCUGAAACAAGUUAGGAAAAUCCCCUCUCAUGAUUAUACGACAGCCAAUCUGGUAUACAACAAAAUAUUUCAGUUUAUUAUUUUUCAAUUUAAUUCGCUCCCUUCUAUUAAAUUCAUUCAUUGGGAGAUUUGGAUUCAAGGACUGAUGAAAAUGCUUGAAAACUUAAAUACUAACUCACAAACAGUUGCGCUAAUUUCAUUCUUCAAUAUGUGGCCCUAUCUGAAUGUAGCUAAGAAGCAAGCUAUUAUUGAGCAGAUUGUUUUAAGUGAAAAGUAUUGGACCUUAAUGUUAGAGGAAAGCCAAUCUACCAUUAUCAGAAUUCUUUUCAUAAAAUUCGUGGUGUUUAGAGCUAUUCCUUCUAUGGAUAUGGAUCAAAGGAAUUUACUCGCAUUGAGAUUACAUCAGAUUGAACUUCAAAUGAACAACUUAUUUGGGACUCUUAAAAAGGAAGGCUAUACGACAGAUAUUCCAUAUUCAGAUCCAUUUGCUUUUGCUCUGAACAAUAGAUUUGUCAUAGUUAAUAGCAGAUGUUAUGAAGAAGAUUACCUGACUUUUGAGUUUCAUCAAAGACCAAGAAAGCCAAAACUGAUUGCGGUUUUGAAUAACGAUAUAUAUCCUAUGGAAAAAUUUCCAAAUAUUGGCAGCGUGUCUAAUGUGAGACCAACAUAUGUGUUAAAAAAGGGUAGGUAUCCGUAUGAUGUUUUUGAUGAACUUCUAGAAGUAGUAGCAAAAAAUAAGUCUAGUAAAAAAUGGGGUAUACGAAAUGAUAUUGAUGAUGGCCUCGAAGACUUAAUGUUAGAAAACUUCGAUGAGUUUGUCACUAAGUGUAAUGCCAAUGAUCAAGAAUCUUCUGUAGUAAAAGCGCUAACAAAUAAAGUCAAUAUGUGGUUUUCUGGGAUGUCGGUUAAUGAGCCAAUAGCUGAGUCCAGUAAAGUUGAUACAAAGGAUAUACGUCCUUCUACAGCGCCUACAAAAACUUCUGAGAUUGAAAGUCAAAACAUUGAUCAAACAAGUACACGCUCAUCUGUGAAAAGUUCUGGUGGUUGGAGUUUUGGAUUUUCCAGCAGAAAAAACUCCAGUUCGAGUAUCAGGAAGUUUUCUGACACUGCACUAAAUUCCAAGGCUGUAAACCUCUUAAAGAUAGGAAGUACUAAGCAAGGAAAUAGUCAUUCGGCAAAGAAUAAUAAGGUAUUUGAAAGUUUAUAUGGCCAUCUUCUCCUAAAACAGAAAGUGAUAUUUGCUCCAGAAUUUACAUUUUCUCAAGAUGUUCUAUCAAAUCCAUCCGUGGUUGGUAUCAUCAAAGCAAUUCAAUUGCAUCCUGAAAAAUCUUUAAAUGAUAAAUUAGAUAUUGUUAACAGGAAAUGGGGAAGUAUUUCAAUGAAAAACGUUCCUAGUAAUGCAAUCCAAGUAGAAGAAAUUGAUAAAAAUGAUAUAAAUGUGCUUGAAAUUCCUUUGACAUCAUCCUCAAACUCUAUGUUGUCAGAAGGGCAAGAAUUAGAUCAAUCAUCUUCUGACACUUUUGGAAAAGAUGUUAAACUUCCCAAAUUGGAUUACGAAAAACUAGAAUUGGGAACAAAUAUCCCGGAUGAGGAUGUACUACAAGGUGUGACACAAGAAAGCAAUCUAGAAAAAGAUGGUCUACCCAGCAUAAUGAGAAUGAGACAACAGACUGCAUUUGAGAACUUAAUUAAGAUCAUCAGAAUAUUUAAUGCCACAAAGGACGAAUUUCUUGAUUACCGCGAUGAUCACGAGAAAAUACUGAUUGAAUUUGAACUAUACAGAAAUGGCUAUCAAAGUUUAUUAGCUAUAUAA